GGCGCCGCCAUUUUGGCGCUCGGGAGCGGCGGCGGCGGCGCCGUGCGGGCAGUCGGCCCCUGGACGCUUCCCAGUUUGUCACAGAACCGUCUCUUCUCAGUCCGUCCCAGUACGUCACCGGUUCAUUCAGAUCCUUUCCAGUCAAACCCAGGCUCUUCCAGUGACCACCCCCAGUGGUCCCAGCUUUCCGUUCCCAGUCCCUUCCAGUCUGACCACUUGCCACCCCCACAGGUGUCGGUGCCAUGGAGUACGAGCGGAGGGGUGGCCGUGGGGACCGGACAGGGCGUCGGGGGGGCCCCGCCCCCCCCCCCGAGGAUGGAUCCCGCACCCAGAGGGACCACGACUAUCGUGACAUGGAUUAUCGGGGCUAUGGGGGACCCCCGGAGGGGCCCCCUGCCCCCGGGACCCCCCCGCAGGCGUCCUACGAGGCUGCGGAGCCCCCUCGGAAGCGAGACACCCCCCGGGACCCCCCCGUGGCUCCAGCGCUGCCCUUCGGCGCCGACAGUGACUACCGGGACCAGGAUUACCGGGAGGGCCCCGAGGAGGAGCCGCGUGCCAGCACCAUCGUCAUGCUCAGGAUGCUGCCCCAGGCGGCCACCGAGAACGACAUCCGUGCACAGCUCCAGGCCCAGGGGGUGCAGCCUCGCGAGGUGCGGCUGAUGCGCAACAAGUCCUCAGGUCAGAGCCGCGGCUUCGCCUUCGUCGAGUUCCACCACGUGCAGGAGGCGGCGAGAUGGAUGGAGGCCAACCAGGCCGGGCUGACCCUCCUGGGGCACCGCGUGUCCCUGCACUACAGUGACCCCAAACCCAAGAUCAACGAGGACUGGCUCUGUGCCAAGUGUGGGGUGCAGAACUUCAAGCGACGUGAGAAAUGCUUCAAGUGUGGAGUCCCCAAAGCUGAGGCAGAGCAGCGGGGCCCGGGGGGGCCACGGCCGGAGCUGGUGCCGGGAGGGGGGGGGCUGCUGCCCCUCCCCCAGGCCUAGGCCCCACACUGGGGGGGGCCCCCUGGGGGGUCCCAGGGGGGCACCGAGCCCGGAGCCGAUAACGCCAAUGACACCAUCAUCCUGCGGAACCUGCACCCCCAGAGCAGCCUGGAGUCCAUCCUGGCUGCCCUCGCCCCCUUCGCUGCCCUCUCGGCCGCCAACGUGAGGGUCAUCAAGGACCGGCAGACGCAGCUCAACCGCGGCUUCGCCUUCGUGCAGCUCAGCACCAUCGUGGAGGCGGCGCAGCUGCUGCAGAUGCUGCAGGCCCUGCACCCCCCGCUGCACAUCGACGGCAAGAGCAUCAACGUGGAGUUUGCCAAGGGCUCCAAGCGGGAGGUGCAGGGGGCGGGGCCAGGGGAGGGGCCGCCCCGCGCCAGCGCCGCCUCCGUCGCCUCCACGGCCAUCGCUGCCGCCCAAUGGGCGCUGUCACAGGCAGCCCCGGGAGGUGACUCUGCGUGGUCAGGGGGGGAGGAGCCGAACACCGACUUCAGUGGCUUCUACCAAUCGGAGGAGCCCUUUGCUGGCCCCGCCCCCACUAUCUAUGGCUCCGCCUACCUGAAGGGCAGCUCGGCCCCGCCCCCCGGUCCCGCCCUGACGGGCCCCGCCCCCAGCAAGGCCGAUGGCCCCGCCCCAGGUGUGGCCCCGCCCUCCCAGGUGUGGUGGCACCUGCCGAGCGUUUGGCGCCCCCUGCAGGUCCGGAGGAGCCGGCGCAGGAUCCCGCGGGGGGAGGGGGCGGCCCCUUCUCCCGCCCCCCCCCCGGCGGCCCCCCCUACCCCUCCCCCGCUGCCGAGACCCCCACGGCGACACCCCCGGGAGCCCCUGGACAGGUCUACUCGGGGCCCCUCAAGGCUGAGACCCCGAAUGCAGCCCCUGCUGGGCCCCCCCCCGGCCGCCCCCCCCAGCACUGAACCCUAUGGCCAGUACCCCGUGCCCGACGUCUCCACCUACCAGUACGACGAGACCUCAGGGUACUACUACGACCCCCUGACCGGCCUCUACUAUGACCCCCACUCCCAGUAUUACUACGACGCGGGGGCGGGGCAGUACCUGUACUGGGACGGGGACCGACGCACCUACGUGGCCGCGCCCCCCGCCGAGCCCACCCCCGGCCCCCCCGGCCCCCCGGGGCCCCCCAAAGAGCCCAAGGACAAGAAGGAGAAGCACAAGACCAAGACAGCCCAGCAGAUCGCCAAGGACAUGGAGCGCUGGGCGCGGAGCCUCAACAAGCAGCGGGAGAGCGGGCGCAGCGCGGGGCCCCCCCCGGCCCCCCGCGAGGACGAGCGCAGGGAGGCGGCGGCGGCCGACGCCGGAUACGCCAUCCUGGAGAAAAAGGGGGCUCUGGCUGAGCGGCAGCACCUGCCCCUGGAGCUGCCCCGGCUGGCGAGCGACGAGCGGCUGAGCCCCCCCCGUGGGCUGGUGGCCGCGUACAGCGGCGAGAGCGAGAGCGAGGAGGAGGGGGAGCGGGGGGGGGGCCCGGGACCCCCCGAGGAGCCGCUGACAGACUGGGCCAAACUGGCGUGUCUGCUGUGCCGGAGGCAGUUCCCCAGCAGGGAGGCCCUGCUGAGGCACCAGCAGCUCUCGGGGCUGCACAAGCAAAACCUGGAGCUGCAGCGCCGGAGCCACCUGCCCCCCUCUGAGGGGCCAGAGCGGGGGGACAUGGAGAUGAAGUACCGGGACCGUGCUGCCGAGCGCCGGGAGAAGCAGGGGGGCCCCGACCCCCCCGAGCCCAAGCGGCGCAAAUUCGGGGGACCCCCCCCGACCCCUGGGGAUGCAGAGGGGCCCCCCCGUGAGCCCCCCCUGGGCUGUCGGAUGCUGCAGGCGAUGGGCUGGAAGGAGGGGAGUGGGCUGGGCCGGAGGAGGCCGGAGGCCCCCACCCGGUCCCGCCCCGGGGGGGUGACACGGUUCAGCGAAGGCCCCUGAGCCCCCUGGACACACCCACUGUGAGGACACGCCCUUCCCUGGACACGCCCUUCCCCGGAUGUGCCCACCUGGGUCAUGCCCUCCCAGGGGCCACAGUGUCUGGGUUCCCCCCAAAGGGGGGUUCCCCGACCCCCUCCAGCGUCACCCUGGGUGGGGGCACCUCGAGUGGCCCCUCCCCCCAGUGUGGCCCCACCCCUUCCCCCUUUUGGUUUUGGUGGUGGAUUUUUUUCUAAUAAAUGAGUGAAAAAAAGCGGAAUUUGGGGCUGGAAUGGGGGGAAGGAAGAGGCUGCUGGGUCCUUCCUGUGGGUGGGACCCCAGAGUUCCCUCUCCUCUCUCUCCCCACCGUCCCCCACUUCCCCCCAUGGCGCCCAUGGGCCUGAUCCUGCUGCUGCUCUGCGCUGCCCUGGGGCCCAGCGCGGCCACACCCGUCUGGUGCUUCGCCCGAUUGGAGGAGGCUGAGGGGGGCGGGGCCUGCGUGGAGCUACUGGGUGAUGAGCCCGUCCCAUUGGCUGACUGCUGCCUCAACCCCGCCUACGGCUACAGGCUCCGCCCCCACGGCAGCUGCCUCUCCUGCCGACAGGGUGAGUGGGGCCCCUGGGGCCCCUGGAGCAGCUGCUCAGUGACCUGUGGGGAGGGGACCCAGCGGCGGGGACGCAGCCGGAGCUCCGGCGGGGACGAUGGGGACAGGAGGGACUGGCAGCUGCAAGCGUGUCACCUGCCCUGCU